UUCUUAAAACUGUUGUGGAAAAAAGAUGACAGAGACGUGAAAGCUAGGCCACUCAUUAACAAUACUGUUAGCAGAAGAAUAAACAAAAUGAGUGAAGAUAUUGAAAAACAACUUGCUGAAAAGAUGAAAACAAGAAAAUUCUCAGUGCAAAUGGAUCAAUCAACUUUCAGAGACAGCGAGGCUGUAUUUGUAACUUACGUAAGAUCUAUUGAUAAAGGGCAUUUUGCUGGAAAAAUGAUGUUCUGUAAAUCAUUAGAAAGCAUCAGUACCGCCUGAGAUAUAUAUAAUAAGCUAAAAAAUUACUUAGAUGUCAAUAAUAUA